AUGCGGGAGGCCCCCGGGCCGGAGGAGUCGGAGCCGGUCUACGAGGCGCCGUGCACGGGGUCAUGCCACGCGCAGCGCGUCCUGCAGACCCUCAACGCGUACCGGCGGAGCGGCACCCUCACCGACGUGGUGCUGCGCGCCGGCGGCCGCGACUUCCCGUGCCACCGCGCCGCGCUCAGCGCCGCCAGCGCCUACUUCCGCGGCCUGUUCGCGGCCGGGCGGACGGAGCGCGGACUGGCUGUCGUGCCCGUGCCCGUGGUGGCGGUGGCGGCCGAGGCGCCGGGCGCGGGGUCGGCCGGGGCGGCGGCGGCGGCGGCGCUGGCCGUGGUGCUCGACUACGUGUACGGCGCGGGCGUGCGGCUGCGCGCCGAGGACGAGGCGGCCGCCGUGCUGGCGCUGGCCGAGCGGUUGGGCGUGGCGGGCCUGCGCGAGGCCUGCGUGCGCUUCCUCGAGGGCCGCCUGCGCGCCGCCAACAGCCUGGCGCUGCGCCGCGUGGCCGCCGCCUUCUCGCUCGCCUCGCUGGCCGAGCGCUGCGGCCGCGUGCUGCGCCAGGCCUUUGCUGAGGUGGCGCGCCACGCCGACUUCCUGGAGCUGGCGCCCGACGAGGUGGCGGCGCUGCUGGCCGACCCCGCGCUGGGCGUGGCGCGCGAGGAGGCCGUAUUCGAGGCGGCCAUGCGCUGGGUGCGCCACGACGCGCCGGCCCGCCGCGGGCAGCUGCGGCGCCUGCUGGAGCACGUGCGUCUGCCGCUCCUGGCGCCCGCCUACUUCCUGGAGAAGGUGGAGGCUGACGAGCUGCUGCAGGCCUGCGGCGAGUGCCGCCCGCUGCUGCUUGAGGCCCGAGCCUGCUUCAUCCUGGGCCGCGAGGCCGGCGCGCUGCGGGCCCGGCCGCGGAGAUUCAUGGACUUAGCUGAAGUGAUUGUGGUCAUCGGUGGUUGUGAUCGCAAAGGUCUUCUGAAGCUGCCCUUCACAGACUCCUACCACCCAGAGAGUCGGCGCUGGACCCCACUGCCCAGCCUGCCGGGCUACACGCGCUCAGAGUUCGCAGCCUGUGCUUUUCGUAAUGACAUCUACGUCUCCGGAGGCCACAUCAACAGCCGUGAUACGUGGAUGUUUAGCUCCCAUCUGCACACUUGGAUCAAGGUAGCUUCCCUGCACAAGGGCAGGUGGAGGCACAAGAUGGCAGUCGUGCAGGGACAGCUGUUUGCAGUGGGCGGCUUUGACGGCCUGCAGCGCCUGUGCAGUGUGGAGCGCUACGAUCCCUUCUUCAACACCUGGGUGGCUGCCGCGCCCCUUCCAGAGGCCGUGAGCUCUGCGGCAGUGGCAGCCUGCGCAGGCCAGCUCUACGUGAUCGGGGGCGCCAGGCAGGAUGGCAUCAACACCGACAAGGUGCAGUGCUUUGACCCCAAGGAGGACCAGUGGGGUCUGCGGUCGCCAGCACCCUUCUCACAGCGGUGUCUUGAGGCUGUCUCCCUUGAGGACACCAUCUACGUGGUGGGAGGCCUCUUAAGCAAAAUCUUCACCUAUGACCCUGGCACAGAUGUCUGGGGGGAGGCAGCUGUCCUCCCUAGCCCUGUGGAGAGCUGUGGCGUGACUGUGUGUGAUGGAAAGGUCCACAUCCUUGGCGGGCGCGAUGAACGCGGGGAAAGCACCGAUAGGGUCUUCACCUUUGACCCCAGCACUGGACAGGUGGAGGUCCAGCCAUCCUUGCAGCGCUGCACCAGCUCCCAUGGCUGUGUGACCAUCAUCCAGAGCCUGGGCAGGUGA